UAUCCUCAAACAUUGCCUUUGCCACGUGCUCUUCCCGCCUUAUAGCGGACCCACAGCUCCAAGCACGUGGCGUUAUCACAAACGAUUUUACGAUAAUUUCUCUCUCCUCUCUCAAAAAGGGCAAAAAUAUCCGUGAUCAGAUGCCGGUGGCUACCGUAGUUCACCAUCCGGUUCCUCUGGUUCCAUCGCUUCUCUCGGUUCCUCCGCCGUAUCUUGUUUCUUCACCUUUCCCCAAACUUGAAACCCUGCGUUUUAGAUUUAAGCAUCGGCCGAUUAAUUUCAAAAUUUCGGCGGGAAAGAAGCAAGUUCCCGCGUUACAGUCUCGGAAAGAAGAGCAAGGUAGUGAAGAAUUGUUAUCACUAGAUAAUGAGAAGGCUAGUGAAGGACAUGAUUUGGGAUGGUUACCUGCUUUUCCGCACGUGUUGUUAGCUUCUAUGUCUAAUUUUCUGUUUGGUUAUCACAUAGGGGUAAUGAAUGGUCCUAUUGCUUCAAUUGCUCAAGAGCUUGGGUUCAAAGGAAAUCCAAUUCUUGAGGGACUUGUAGUGAGCAUAUUUAUAGCAGGUGCAUUUAUUGGAAGUAUAAGCUCAGGUUCUCUGGUAGAUAAACUUGGUUGUCGGCGAACUUUUCAAAUUGAUACAAUACCGUUGAUACUUGGUGCAGUUAUAAGUGCACAAGCCCAGUCCUUGGAUGAAAUGCUAUGGGGAAGAUUUCUAGUCGGCCUUGGUAUUGGUGUGAACACAGUUCUUGUUCCAAUUUAUAUUUCAGAGGUUGCUUCAACAAAAUAUAGGGGUUCACUGGGAACCUUGUGUCAGAUUGGUACUUGCAUUGGGAUUAUUGCAUCACUGUUUCUAGGAAUUCCUGCAGAAGAUGAUCCACAUUGGUGGAGAACAAUGUUCUAUAUUGCAAGUGUCCCUGGUGUUGUUCUUGCACUUGGUAUGGAGUUUGCAGUGGACAGCCCUCGCUGGCUAUGUAAAGUAGGUAUGUUGAAUGAUGUCAAAGCUGUUAUCAGUAAUCUUUGGGGAGAAUCUGAAGUUGACAAAGCAAUUCAGGAGUUUCAGUCAGUCAUAAAAAAUGACGGUAGUGAUCUGGACAGCCAAUGGUUGGAACUCCUUGAGGAACCACACUCAAGAGUUACAUUCAUUGGAGGUGCCCUUUUUAUGCUUCAACAAUUUGCGGGCAUAAAUGGAGUCCUUUAUUUUUCAUCAUUGACUUUCCAAGAUGUUGGAAUUACAGAUGGUGCUUUGCCAAGCUUAUUUGUUGGAAUUACAAACUUUGCAGGUGCACUUUGUGCAUCUUACUUAAUGGAUAAGCAAGGCAGGAAGCAGCUUCUAAUCGGAAGUUACAGUGGUAUGGCAGUUUCAAUGUUUCUUGUUGUCUGUGCUAUCAGUUUGCCGUUAGAUGAAGAUUUGGGUCACAACAGGCUAGUAUGUUUGGGCUAA